ACAAAAAAAAAAAAAAAAGCAGUGAGUUGUUACUGAGGCAUUGAGGAGGCAGAUUACCACCAUGGAGCAUCUGCUGAUACUCUCCAUGCUUCUGGCUUUGCUGCACCCAAUCACAGGCAAUGUGUAUGUAAACUCUUCCUCAAAUGAAGGCAAUACCCAAAUUUCUGCUCCACAACCAACCAACCAGACGCAGUUGAGUUUGGGGUCUUCUCAUCUCAUAGGCCGGACAGAGGUGGCUUUCAAAAUUAAUGAUCAAGAAAUGGGCACAAGAGACAAAACAGUCAUGGACAAAUUUGUUGGAGCGGCUGAUCAAGAAGACGUUGUAUCAAGUGGGCAUUCAGAGGAACCAACCAUUAGUAAUAUGUGGAAAACACCACCACAGCCUUCAAGUACAGAUAUAAAAGUUAAACUUGCAGCCCAUUCAGUAUCUCCAUACACCAGAGACAUUGGGGUACUUACCCAAACUCCAUGGCCUGCAGCAGGGCCUAUUAACACAACACCCACACAGCAAGCUGGAGACCAGACCAAAAAUGAAAGCACUGAACUUUCAUUUACCUCUCAGGGCUCUGGCCGCAACCUGCUCCAUGGCAGACAUGUCACACCAGAAGCACUGUCAGAAGAACCAUUUAAUGAAAUCAUUGAAGAUGAUUGGUCAGAUUUGGCAACAUUAAUCCCCACUGGACGUGGUUUAUGGGAGUCGUCAACUGGCACUAUGGAAACGGACAGUGUGGAGCAUGCACAGUACAGGCCCCCAGCUCAAACUGUUUAUGACAUUCUGACCACUGGAUCCAGGGCUCAUACAAGCCCUACUGUAAGACUGGUGCUCCAGUCUAACCCUUCCACCAGUACGCUGGCCAAUAAGAAACAUGCAUUUGCAUCAGCUGGUUCCGAAUCGGUGACAGAUCGUGUGAGCUCCAAUCUGUCAAUCAGUGAGGCUGAUCUAGGAGUCGCUGAGGCAGGCAGCACCAUUUCAGCAGGCAAUCGACAGCACAGGACAUUUCCAGUAAGGGAAACCCCAGCUAGUUCAACUCCACAGCCAGGAAACGCAACACAACCGGCAAAGGCAGCAACAGCACCCAAUCAACAGCCAAAAGGGGCAGGGUCUCAAGGAACAGGCACCAGCACAGGCAUUCUGCAAAGACCAGGGACCACAGCAUUUAAGAGCUUGGCCCCUACAAGCACAUCAUUUCAACAGAACACAGCAGAUACAAGCACCCAAAGCACAACUCACUUGAAAGGACACAGAUACUUGACACCAUUGGACAAGGAUGUGAGAUUGGGUGUCAGCCACGGGAGCGUCCCUGUGGUUAAACAAGACCCAACCCCUACUGCUACCCACAUUCCUGGAGGCCCCUGUGCCACUGGCUUGGGUCCCUGUGCGAGCCCUGGUGAUCUGGAUGUGGUCACUGAGGUUGGCAUCUCAAAUGGGAGCAUGUUGGUGUGGGCAGACCUAAGCCGCACACUGUCGUUUGCCUGGGAGCUGCACGUUUUUGGCUCAGCCUCCCUCUUCCUGCUCCUGGCUGCUGGUGCCACCCUGGGCCUGGCCCUGGCUCCCAGCAUGUGCUGCCCUCACCGCGGCUUGCUGGCAUUCACCAAUGGCCUUCUGCUCCUCGCUGGUGCUGUGCGGGCUGCCUACUUCCUCCUCGACCCCUACGGUUCCCGACAGCUCCUGCCGCAGCCUGUCGCCACGGCACUGUGCACGCUGCCACUGCCCCUGCUGACCUGGGCCCAGGCUGCCAUGGCUGUGCUCGUGCUGAAGGGGGCUAAGGUGAAUCUACUACCCCCCUCGCUCCAGCGUCCACCCCUCCUGGUCGUGCUGGUGGUGCUCCAGUGCACCCUGUUGCUCGCAGCUGACCUGCUGUCUCCUGCGCUGUCGCCCUCUGUACCAAUCGUGCUGCAAAGCCUCACCUUGACUGCAGGGCUGGCCCUGUGCCUGGGCUACCUGUGUGUGGCCCUUCCGCGCCUGUCUAGCCCCCAGGCAGGGUGCACUGGGGACCAGGGUUUGUGCGGGCCAAAGCUGAGGGUGCUGGCACGCACAUUGGCUGUGUGCGCCCUCCUGGGGGUGCUGUGCUGCCUGCUGCAUGCCUAUACCUGCCUAUGGCUGUAUGGCCUGCUGGGUGACUGCCGGCGCUUCCGCUGGGCCUGGUGGCUGUGCCAGUUCUGGGCCCGGCUACUGGAACUCGCCUGGGCUUUUGGUCUAAUGCUGCUGGCCUCCUGGGUCUUCUGGAGGCCACGAAGGGGCCAGACGGGGAGGGCUACGGGACAGGGAGGUGCUGGUACAGGAGACCUCGCCUCACCCGGCCAAUCCUCCAGCUCCUCCCACACGCACACAUGCUGGGCAAAAAUAGUACAGAGUCUUAAGGGGCGGCCAAACAGGAAGACUGACAGCAAUGGCAUGGGAGGGGCCAGCGGUGGCAGUGGCAGCGGUAGUGUGGCUGGGGAGGUGCCCAACAACUGCAGCGGGCAGGACCGGCCAGGAGCUGACAUCAGCAAGAGCCUCAUACGAAACCGGGACACACCCAAAGAGAGCAACCGUGCUCGUAACCAGAGGAGCGUCGGCGAGGCCUCGGUGGGGUCACUGUUGAGGCUGCAGACGCUCAGCCGGCAGCAUCGGUGCUCGAGUAGCAGCGUGGACCGCGACAAGGAGUCGGCCGUCUCGCUGUACGACUUUGACCUGCGCCCUCCGUCCCCCAUCGACCUGAGCCGCAGCAUCGACGAAGCGCUGCACAGAGAGCACCUGCUGCAGGGAGGUGGCCUGUUCCACCCGCUCGGCACCUGGUCACCACCACGGUCACCACCACCCCAGCCCCCUGGGUCAUGGAUGCGCAGGAACAGCGAGCCCCAGGUCCCGCUGUCGGAAAGCAGCGGCGAGCGAUCGCCACUCACCGAGUCCUCCGCUGCCCUGGAACGCUCUAUCCCCAGUGCCGUGCCCAGUCGCCAGGUGACAGCGCCCCCUACACCCACCCACCAGGGCCCUCGCUGGGUAUCCGGAGCCCCUGUGCCUUCCUCCGUGUCCUGCCCUGUCUCCUUGCACCCCUCCCCCAGCACAGGACAAGCCCUUACCCCCAGCACGGAUGACACCAGGCCAUUCCUGACCCCUGAAAUGGACAGGGUGGGGUCACAGCUGGACAGUAGAGGGGGGCGGAGCUACCUGAAAGUCAAUUGCCAUGAUGACUCGGCCAGUGUGAGUAGUGACAUAAUCGACCUUUGAACUGGGUUAAACUUGGUCAAAGAGGAAAAACCCUGAUAACAAUCACCUCACAUUACCUAAAAGAAAAAGCUGUGAUGAAAGGAAAUUUUUAUGGUGACUGGUACAGCCACAGACUACAAGUCACAGAGACAUUGAAAAAUGGCUUAAUUUGGAUUUCAAUUGGAUUAUAGAAGUCAGAUUUACAAGCACAUAAAGUUAACUUGCAACAUGGGCUCCUCUGUGUGGCUCUCUGCAGUUUUAUAGGUGUUUGUGCACUAUGCCCUGUUCAUUCCUGGAGGCAAAGCUCAGCAAGCAAUGUGAAAGAUAAGUGCUGCACCACAGAUUUUGCAGCACAAAGGUUAUUUCAGAAGAUGAGAACAGCCGAGUCAUGGCUGUGUGGAUUUCUUAUUAUUUCUCUCCCCCAGACUGAGAAUAUUAAUUUGGAAUGUCUGAAAAUGAUGAAGGUAAGCUAUUUUAUGAAAAAUAUUUUUGGAAAGCUCAUCUGUUUUCAAUGUGUUUGGGCUUUUGAUUUUUUGAAACUAACAAACUCUGGAUAGGGAUUUAUGAAUAUAAGAGAGAUUUGUGCUAGGUUCUGCAAAAAAAAAUCUUUAACCCCAUACCUACCCAAAAGCUCUGUUUAUUCUUUCAUUUUAUUUUAUUUAUUUAACUUUUUU